UAAAACAAGCCCUCUGAAUGGCUGCUCUGCGGCGACUAUCUGCUCAGUGACAUGCGCAAUGUUGUCAACAGCAACCAUCAACAAUUUUGCGGAACUGAGUUUGUGAUCGUCUAAGUUUGAACAUUUUUUCGACCAGAUUCUGCGGACGCCACCAACACGGGAUGACAGAUCUCGCAGGUUUAGAACGCCAGGCUCAUAACCUAGUGGACUUGGUCAUUGAUAACUCCAUCAAACGAGUCAUAACCGAUCUUCACAGCGGCGACGAGUCUGAUCUGGGUCGGCCAGUGUCGUCCCUGAAGGACUAUGACAGUUUACUGUUCCGAGAAAUCGAAGAGCACGAAGUACAGAACAUUGAAUGGAUGACCAUUGAUGAAUUUACGGUAGAGAAGGGAGAGGCGAAAAUCAACGCAUUUGUCAAGACGUGGGAAUAUCAGGCCAGCUGGCUGUACUGUAUUGAUUUCCUGAGAGAAGAGGACGACAAAUACAGCAAGAAGUAUCGUUACCAGGUCCGAUGGAGCAUUCCAACCAGAAGGAAACCCAUCCCCAGGGCAACGGCCUGUGUCUACUUCACCAUUGAGGUCUCCAAGAUCAAACCCGGGCAUCACCCGGUUGAAGUCUACUAUGUCUUCGAAACCAACCAGCUCGUCCACAAACCUGGUCUAUCUCGCUUCAGAGAGCGUUGGCUUAAAGACAUCAUUGAGAGCAAGAUUAUGAUGAUGGAGGCCGUCCAGUUCUGAGGAGGGGUUGAUCUGAAGUCGCUUUCAUUUCCUUUUUAUAAGAAUCAAUUCCCCGAAAUCCUUUUCAAGUUGGAAGUUUUAGCUGAGGAGUCUCAUUGAGAUGAAAACAAUGCUUCCGGCUUACUGUGUCUAAGAUUAUAAUUACACUGGCAUGUCGUUUCUGAUGCCAAUCCACAAGAUAACCUAUAUUCAGGCUUUUUAACCAAUCUUCCCUUCAUAUAUCCAAAGAGAUUAUUCAAAUUUAUCCCCAAGCCCAUACAAAUAUUUUCAAGAAAUGGGAAGACUAGAGUAAGAUGUCCAAUUCGUUUUUGAUCUAUUAGGUAACAAUUGUUCCUGUGUUUGUGUCGACUGUGAAUAAAACGUGUGGCAUGUCAGUCAGUGAUAUUUUUGUAAUGUAUUAAUAAUCCAAUAAAGAGGGAUAUAUCUAAACAUUGUGGGCGGGACCAAGCAUUUUUUUCUCAAUACUUCAUUAAUUUAUUUACAGAUGGUGAGUUAUGUACUCAUUAUGUUAUUUACAUGCGUACUGUAAAUGCUGUAAAAUAUCAAUUGUUAUUUGGUUGAAGAUUUCUGUUCAUUUCCAACUAUCACACCAAAUAAAGUCUCUCAAACGUACACAGACAGGUGUUUGUGAAACUAAAGCUUAAAUGUACAUAUUUUUUGUGUAUAUAUUCAGAUUAAUGUUUUUUUAUCAAUAAAGUUGUGUACAUGUACAGUGUUAACAUACAACGGUACUGAGCAAUUUUGGUAUUCUUGGACGAUUUGAGUAACUACUAACAAUUAACACAAAAGUAAUUGUGCUAGAUUUGAUACUUUGUGCACUUCUCGGAGCAGUACUGUUUCCCCACUGAUUGUUUUAUAACUUCUUUCCACUGUCUUGCCGUUUUCUUAACCAGCGGUACAUGUACUCCCCUAACCUCCAAGGAUGAUGCCACUUUCCUACACAAGUGCAAUAUAAAGUUCGGCCUGUAGUCACCGUACAUAUUAAUGUCCGCUUAUAAAUACCUUGACAUCGAACAAAAACUAGUGUUGACUGUUAAAAUCACGGUACGAAAUUGUUGAGAGAAAAAAAUAUUCUCAUGUUCAAAUGCUACUUGUUCGCAUUUAUCAUUAUCAGAAGUCUAACUUCGGCUUCAAGAAAGUGUGAAAACGUUGAAGACUAUUUUCCAUGAAUACUGUACAUGCAAACAUAUUGUGUAAUGGCUAUUACUAUAAUGUGAUUGUAAAUUUUUUCUGCUGCUUGUAUACUGCACACAACGUCCUGUUGGAUUAUCUCGGUACAGUGGUACCCAGCUAGUGGUACCGCUGAAGAUCAUUCAUACUGCGUACCAUACCGUCGUUGGAUGGUUCCGGAUUUUGUUAUUGAAUACAAAAACUAAGAAACUUUAUAUUGUACAACCGGUUAAUAAAGUUUACUAGAAAGCUCGCUAGAAAAAAAUGCCGGCAAACGAAACUUCGAACUCUAGGCUAUCAAAGUAAACACAGUUAUCGUUCCCACAACUCGAAAUAUUAUGGGCACAAUGCUGAACACUCGACCCGCUUCGACCGAUAAGGUUUUCCGUCGUUGUUACAAUAAAAUUGUUUACAAGUUUAAAAUUAGUAGCAGUAACUGAUAUAGGUUGUUUACGAAAUUUGUUACAAAUCGU